CUCGCUUUGCUAAGACGAACGCAGUUUAGCCAGCUAGCGAGUUAGCUUCCUGAAAAUGGCCAGCUGGGGGAAAGUUGCCGCUCUCCUGAGGGGUGUCUUGAGGAGCCCUCGAUCUCUGAAAACCUUCGCACAGUACCGUACUGUCGGUCGCGGCAUUGUGGCCUCUGUAAUUGGCACCGGAGUUGUCUGUUAUUACCGGUAUCAUGUAAACAACAGGACUCUGCCCUUCGCCGUUUAUGCUAAGGAAGAAAAAGAAGAUGCAGCUCCCCAAAUGUCUGCAAGGAAAAUCCGCUUCAUCCAGUUUGCCUCAGUCGUCCAUGAAGAGGAGCCCUACAUGACCCCCAGAGACUUCCUAUUCUCUGUGAUGCUGGAGAAAGUUGAUCGAAAGCUGCAAAAGAGAAUUUUAACCAAACAGGAUGUGAACGGUAUGCUGGUGGCUGCCUCUAAAGCUCGUGCUGGUAAUGAUCUCUUCAGAAACUUGGGAGACAAAGGUUUGAUAUCCUACACAGAGUAUCUGUUCCUGCUGUCCAUCCUGACCAAGCCACGCACUGGAUUUGAUAUAGCCUUCAAAAUGCUUGACAUUGAUGGCAACGAGCAUGUGGACAAAAAGGAGUUUUUGAAACUCAAAAAUAUCAUGGGAAAAACUAAACUGCGAGCCCCGAUAGAUGCUACAGAGAAAACCACAGAAGAAGGAGAAGGUGUGAACACAACACUACAGGCCUACUUCUUUGGGAGGAAAGGGGACAACAAGUUGCAGUAUAAGGACUUCAGCCGGUUCAUGGAGGACCUACAGGCUGAAGUCCAGGAGAUGGAGUUUCUGCAGUUUUCCAAAGGUAUGGACACCAUGCGGAGGGAAGACUUUGCAGAAUGGCUGCUACACUACACCAACGAAGAAGACAAUGAAGUCUACUGGGAAAACAUGAGGAAGAGGAUACCUGCGGGUCAGAGUAUCACAUUUGAUGAGUUCAAAGCCUUCUGCCUGUUCACCAACAACCUGGAGGAUUUUGCCUUCUCAAUGAAAAUGGUCACAGAAGCCAACCGUCCUGUGGGCAUGGCCCAGUUCAAGCGAGCUGUGAAGAUUGCCACAGGCCACGAACUGUCCGAGAACGUGCUGGACACCGUGUUUAAGCUUUUCGACAUGGAUGGAGACAACUGCCUGAGCCACAAGGAGUUCAUUGGUGUGAUGAAUGACCGAGUACUGCGGGGUCUAAAGGUGCAGCCUCAAAAUGGCAUCUCUGGCUACUGGAAGUGUGUGAAGCGGGAGACCCUGAAGGCAGCGCAGGAGGCCCUGGGAGACGGCGGGUGUCCCAUCUGAAGCACUGAUAUGCACCGUGAUCAUGCUUACCACUUCUGUCUUUCCUUCAGUUGUAUGAAUGAAAUGAAUAACCGCAUGUAAAUGAAUAUAGGUUUAUACCACUAUCUUUGUAAAAGUAUGUUUACAGCUAAACACAUUUUGGUUUGAUUUUAGUUAAAGCUCUUUGGGUUUGCUUGUGGUGUUUACAAUAUUACAUAUAAUUGUUUGGUCAAGCAUUUUAUAUCCUGUAUGGCUGAUCACUAUUAAACAUUCACAUGCACUUAAGGAGCAGGACUGCAGUCAACAUUUCCUGUAAAAGUGACUUAUUCAUGAAAGUGAGAAUCCUGGUUGCACUGAACAGUGUAACAGAUUAAAGGAUCCUGCCAUGAAUACACACAUUUCUCAUUUUCUGUGCACAGUUUGACACUAGUCAGAGUGAUUUAUUCUCAUGGACACGAAUGCAAAUUUUUACCAGUGCCAAGAAGCUGGCUUGGUUUUUACAUGUACUUUUUUUUACUCCUGAGCAUUAAUGUGGUUACCAGAGAUCAGUCAUGUGAAUCAAUAGUGGGUAAACAGCAGUCUGGCAUAAAUCACUUCCUAGAUGACAGACCUGUGUAAUCUGUCUAAUGUCACAUUCUCAACAUGCUAAAUAGCAGCAACUAUUUAUUUGUUGUGACUGCUCAUGCUGUUGUUUACCGGUGACUCACCAAAGCAUUUUACAGCUGAGUGCGCACAUCUCGAAAUGAAUAUCGGGCCUCCCACUUUCAACAGUAACAGAGCAGCUGCUAUUUACUUAAAUUCUGGAGUAACCAGCGGGGUGUACUGUGAAGUUAAUGGUUUAGCUAUGUUGAGCUUAAACUCCGUUUUGUGUCACAUAAAUGGCUUUUUUACCUGGCUAAAUCAGCAUGGUGUUAUGUUUGGAGCUUCCUUGUGAAAUGGGUUGGAAGCCAAUAUUACAGUAUGUAUUAAGCACAAUAUAGAACGUCUGCUGGAAAAAUGUUUUAUAUACGCAAAUUGUUGUACCUAACUAUAACCACUCAAUGAAGCAUAAACUUUGCAUUCCAUUGUCAUGGGAAUGCACAUGUAUUAAUUUGGAGAUUCAGAAAACAUGUUUUGUUUAUAUAUACACCUGAAUCUAAUGUGCCAAGUCUCACUUACCCUGCUGAAAUUACAGCUACUAAAACACAUACCAAGAAUACCUGUUUAAUCAAAGCAACUUUACUACUUUAAUAUGAAAAUGUAUACACUUUAAAGCUCCAGAACUCCAGCUGUCACCUUAGAAACGAACAGCACCAAAGAGCACACUUGGCAAUUACAAUUAUUAGUUUAAAUGGAAAUGUUUUACCGCAUCUAUGCACUGAAUUACCAGCAGUGUUUUAGUUUUUAUAUUCUUUAUAGAUUUUAAACAACCAAUGUAUUAUUGGCUGAUAAUGUCUCUGUCACUCAUCGAUCAUUUUGUGGGGAAGAACAAUCACAUGGUGCAUAAAACACCCCCUUUUCUAUGUGUGUGCCCACAGAGCCUGAAGCAGAAAGCACAGCCCAACAGAUAAUACCACCAUUGUGGUACCCAAAAGCCUGGACGUGUCGAAUUUUAUUCGUAGUACACCCCUCAGGCUGUUCAUACUACUGCAGCCAGGUCACCUAAGUGCAUGUAAAUACGCAUUGUUGUUCACUGUGUUUACAACCCUGCUAAUAGUGGUUUGUGGGAAAGAUUCUAAUUAUGCCGGGGAGCUGGUGUGGGAUUUUCCUUUUUUUCUGUCAAAAAUAUUUAUCUAAUAAAGUUUUAUAUAAAUGCACAACUGAGGCUUCCA